AUGCGAUGGAUUAAAAAGGAGGCGGCACAUAUCAUAAAGAGCAAAGAGGCCUUUAUGUGCAUGUACCCGAACUAUCCCAUGGCCGCCCAGGUUUAUGAUGAUAUUGUUUUCCAGACUAAAUCGGCUUUAGAUACACCGAAGAAGUUGCAGGAAGCCGUGUACGUUUUGGCCGUUUAUUACAUUCUCUUGACUGAAGAGGGUACGGUGACACCGCGCGAGAUUUACUAUCGAGGCAAGAGCCUUUUUUGCACGCCACGAGUUAUUGGGCGAGUUUUAGAUAGAAUAGCUGAACGUUUAGGAGUUGAUUUAACUUAUUUGAAUAUUGCACCUUCUUUGAAAGGUUUGGUCUAUGGGAAGUGUGUGAUUAAAAAGCCAGAUUCAACCCAGUUUCUUUCUGGGCUUUCUAUUAUCCCACGAAUGGAUAAUGUGGAGUAUGUGGCCACUUCAGCUAAUACAGUGCUAGUGGUUGAGAAAGAAGCUAUCUUUAACAAUAUCAUUCAAGCGGUCAGCUUAAUUGAGACAGCCACCGGUAAAGAGUUGCUAGUAGUAACGGGCAAAGGAUAUCCCUGUGGCAAUACUUUACGGCUUUUAAUGCUACUCUCUUCAGCUCGAGUUUUUGGACUCUUUGAUUGCGAUCCACACGGACUUAAUAUCUAUCAUGUUUACAAAAACGGCAGUAAAAAACGACCUCAUCUACGUGUGCCUAAUCUUGAAAGAAUUGGGGUCUUUAUCAAUGAAAUACCCGCCACAGAAGAGCUACUUCCUAUUCAAAAUGGUUCACCAGAACAUUCAUUACUUCGUAAUAUCUCCAACUUCUGUGACGAAUCUCUUGCCCUUGAUAUCAAAACCAUGCUCAAUUGUCAAAAGAAAGCCUCUAUUGAGAACGUCAUUUCUUCUAUUCCCAUCCCCCAGUACCUCAUCGCCAAACUCAAAGAACAUGCCACCUUUUGCACUCAAUAA